AAAUAAUUGAAAAUGGUGCGAAAAAUCCAACAGCUAAUUGCCUAAUGGGCCACUACUCAUCAACAGCAGCUCCAUCAUUCAACGACUUUCUCACGCCACCCAUCGACUCCAUUUGCCGAUCUCUGCAACUCGCAGAAACCCACGAAUUUGGCCGGCUUGAUUUUCCGACCGAAAAGGGCCGGCAGAAAUGGGGUGCGGGAACAUGUUCUUCACGGCGCUGAUAAGUUUCUCGGUAGCUCUAAUCACUUACAACAUUCUAAUCGCGGCCAAUGCCCCUCUCAAGCAGGACCUACCCGGUCCGUCCACGCUUUCCUCCAUUGAUCCAAUCAUACGGAUGCCAAAGGACAGAUCGAGGAAGUUCGGUGCUUCCUCUUCCACCACCCAGAAGCGUCUCUUCCACACCGCCGUGACCGCCUCCGAUUCCGUCUACAACACCUGGCAGUGCCGGGUGAUGUACUACUGGUUCAAGAAGUUCCGGGAUGGACCCAACUCCGAUAUGGGCGGCUUUACCAGGAUUCUUCACUCCGGUAAGCCCGAUGACUUCAUGGAUGAGAUCCCCACUUUCGUUGCCCAGCCGCUUCCUUCUGGCAUGGAUCAGACCAGUAUUAGCUCAUGUUCGAUCUUUGUGCAGGGUUAUAUAGUACUCAACAGACCAUGGGCAUUCGUACAAUGGCUUGAAAAGGCGGACAUCAAAGAAGACUAUAUAUUGAUGGCAGAGCCUGAUCACGUUAUUGUGAAACCCAUACCGAAUUUGAGCAGAGAUGGGCUUGGAGCUGCAUUUCCUUUCUUCUAUAUCGAGCCUAAGAAGUAUGAAACAGUAUUGCGGAAGUACUUCCCUGAGGAAAAAGGACCAGUUACUAAUAUUGAUCCUAUAGGGAAUUCACCUGUCAUCAUAGGAAAGGAAUCUCUCAAGAAGAUAGCUCCCACUUGGAUGAAUGUAUCUUUGUCAAUGAAAAAGGAUCCUGAAACCGAUAAAGCCUUUGGCUGGGUGCUUGAAAUGUAUGCUUAUGCUGUUUCAUCUGCUUUGCAUGGAGUUGGCAAUAUCUUGUACAAGGACUUCAUGCUUCAGCCUCCAUGGGAUACAGAAAUUGGUAUGAAGUUCAUAAUCCAUUAUACUUAUGGAUGUGACUAUGACAUGCAGGGCAAGUUAACUUAUGGCAAAAUUGGUGAAUGGAGGUUUGACAAAAGGUCAUAUACCACUGUUCCUCCUCCAAGAAACCUUCCCAUGCCUCCCCCUGGUGUUCCAGAAAGUGUGGUGACGCUGGUGAAAAUGGUGAAUGAAGCUACAGCAAACAUUCCAAACUGGGAUUCCUAGGUCGGGAGAGGCCAUUUUGAAGAAGGUCCAUUCGAUUCUCUGAAAGUAAAAAGGAGCGCCUUUACCGCUUGCAGAUUCACCCGAGGAUGGUGGUAAUUUCAUGUGCGCCUCUGUACAUCCUUGUUCUGUCUCGAUUUCCAUUUCAUUCAAGCUCGCAGCCUUUAGACUUAAGGGUAGCUAUAUGGUUUGAUCACUUGAGAUCUCUCAUUACAUUAUUUCACCGGCAGAAGCUUUCAUCUUGAGUGAAAAACACUAGAGUGAUGUAUGAUCAAUAGGGAUUCAGAAAACUCUGUUUGCUGAUUGAUAUAGCCAUUGUUCUUUCUUCUGCAACUUGAUGAACUGUUACUGCCUCAUGACCAUGUUGUGUGUUUUGAUCUUACUGUACUACAAACAAACAUUGUUGAUAUGGAUAUUACCAAUUUUGAAA